AUGAGGCUACGAACAACCCUCGCGCAAUCGUAUGCGCGACACUGGAGCACACCAACAUACCGAAGCCGCGGGCCCAUUCGCCAACUAUCCAGCACUCCAACCCGAAAUAGCAGGUUGCGCGCACGCCUGGAGAUUCCCCCUCCAUUUCCUGUGACCAAAAAAUGCCCAGAACCAAGUUGCAAUUGUCCACCUACGCCCGCCCUGCCUGAGGGUUUACCGAUCGAUCAUGAACAAGCGUUGAAUGGAACCAUGGCUGCCUAUGCGCAACAGCUAUUGGUUUGCACAGGACAGCCGGAUUGGACAAGUCGAAUCGAAAAUGACGGUGAAGAUAAAGGUUGGGGUCACCUUGUGAGAGGCCUGAAGAACUUACUUGGUCGUGGCGGGCCAUAUCUCGACCCCUUCAAUAAUGUCCUAGUGACGGCUUCAUCCAUUGCGCCAGCUACAAACUCCUCCACCUCCGCUUCGGCAUUCCUCUUCCCUAGCUUCAAAUACAUACCCUCAAUACCCACGGAAAUUGCAUCCACUCAAACCGACUUGACGACUUUUGUGCGCGCUUAUCUUCUCCCCGAAAGCCUUCAUGACAUGCAUUCCUCCCUCCCCGCAACAAAACAAGCAGAUAUGACCCGAUCCCCGGACCUAGCGGCAAACUUCCCUGAAGUAACUGAUAUCAACCACUCUCCUACAAUCCUUAUCUGCGGCCAUGGAGGACGCGACAUGCGCUGUGGUGUCAUGGCGCCUGCCUUGGAAAGCGAAUUCCGGCGCGUGCUAGAGGCACGGGGAUACACUUCCGUGAACAGUGACGGAACUACAGUUGAUGCUCCCACUCAUGCCAAUAUUGGCCUUAUCAGCCAUGUUGGAGGGCACAAAUAUGCGGGUAAUGUCAUUGUCUACAUCCCGCCUAAGAUGAAGUAUGGAACUUCUUCAGAGCCUCAUCCGCUGGCGGGUAAGGGUAUUUGGUAUGGUCGCAUUGAGCCUAAACACGUCGAGGGUCUUGUUGAAGAGACAAUUCUCGGCGGUAAAGUGGUGACUGAUCAUUUCCGAGGUGGCAUCGAUAGGAAUGGCGAUAUUUUGAGGAUUUAG